UNUGAUCCUGUUCAUGGCCCUACCCUGAAAACUGCUAGGGAAGCUGUGACCUUUGGUGUUGCUGGAGCUGCUCUUGGAGCUGUUUCUACUGCUGCUAUUGCCUGGAAAUACUCCAGGGUUCCACAUGGUGCUGCAUUGUCGUUCUUAGGAGGAGGCUUGUUUGGUUGGACGUUUGGGCAAGAAAUCGCAAACCACACGAUGCAACUCUAUAAGUUGGACACAAUGGCAGCCCAAGUUAAGUUCAUGGAAUGGUGGGAACGCAAGAGUCAAGGAAGGUCCUGAAUCCUAAACGAAGACUUGAGUGCUGCUUUCUUGUCCAGAGUAUCUUGCAAUAAUCAUAACAUGGUUACCGUUGUCCAUUUUUAGACUUUCUCUUUUGAACCUUCCUGUUCUCGCUUUUGGAGCAUGUUUUCCUUGUCUCAAUAAUCCAACAUGCCUCAUCGAAUGUUUUGAAGAUUUUAAGGAAAUGAAUUGAAAGAAACCAAAUGGUUUCUGAAAAAAGAA